AUGGGACCUUUAAUGAACACAGAUGACCCGCUAUGUCCGAAAGAGAAAAAAUCGAAGCAGCAAUGGAGUAAGUAUGUUAAGGGUGCUUCUGUAAUCUUCGCGUGGUAUAUUGCAAAAGGCGAAAAGGUCACUGUGUUGUCACCACCGCCUCCACAACGAUUUAAUCCUUCUGGGAUGACCACGUACCAAGCAAUUGAAGAGCCAAUUCUUAAGUGGGCUAUAGCCGGUGGGGCUAACUUGCGAAUUGAGAUGGUGCAUCCCACCGUGAAGGGGGCAGAGGACUUUGCCUACGAGGUCUGGCCUGUUAAUCAAACUGCUACCUGGGUUGCAGCCUUUGGGUUGAAGAAUCUUCAAAAGCGCCCGUGGAGAUCGACAAAGAUGGAUCCGCUGCAUGUGGCUAUAAAAAAAGCUAUAGAACCUAGUAAGGCUCUCUCGAUUGGUACAAGACUAGUAUAUUGA